AUGCCUUCUUCGUCUUCGACGUCGACAACUGACUGUAUCGUACCUGCCUUUGUGCUUGGUAGCGCCUCCGAGAUGGCGGAUAUCGUGGCGGAUAUUUUGGAGGAACACUCCGACCGAGCCUCCAUGCGGCCGAAGGAUCUAUCGAAGGAGUUGGUGCACCGAUACACUGCGCGUAUCGCGAAAUCGGUUCGGCACGCAUUGAAUACAGCUAUUGAGGUGGGGAAAAUCCAGGUUGACGACAAGGGUAACAUUUGCCGUGCAUAUAUAAGUUAAGUUUUCCCACACAUUCCUUCGGUAUCUCUUGGAUAUCUUUUAAUACUAAACCAGAUAAAUCGUCUAAUAAAAUAAUAAUCUGUCAUAUUAAUUAUCUAGAGAGACGUAUAAAA